UUUUCUCAUCUUUCCCCUCCUUCGCCUCAGUCUUCCCCUCUCCUCUCUCGGUCUGUCGUUCUUCUCCUCUCUCAGAGCCUCUCCUCUCUCGCUUUCUCCAUCCUAUCCCGUUUUCUCUUGUCUUUCCCCUCCGUCGCCUCUUCCCCUCUCCUUUCUCGGUCUCUCGUUCCUGUCCGCUCUCAGAGCCUCUCCUCUCUCCAGCCUAUCUCGUUUUCUCUCCUCUUUCCCCUCCGUCGCCUCUUCCCCUCUCCUCUCUGGGUCUCUCGUUCCUCUCCUCUCUUGCUCUCUUGUUCUGUCGUUCCUCUCCUCUGUCGCUCUAUCUUCCUUCAGACGCAGGACCUCAGGCACCAUUUCAACAGGAAAUUUCUGUUCUUCCCUCUUGGCUGCUCCUUUACUAAGGAAUUUGCAGGUGGUUGACGAGAAACACCCACAAUAAGAUGGAGAUUGACACGGGAGAGACUGCCUUUGACCUCGACUUCCACCCUUCGUCUCCGAUCGUUGCCACUGCCCUCAUCGACGGCCAUCUCCAAUUGUAUCGUUACGGCGCUGACUCAGGGCUCCAAAGAAUGUUGGAUUCUCCAGUGCAUGAUGAGUCAUGCAGGGCUGUCCGAUUUGUGAAAUCUGGAAGUGUGGUGUUAACCGGUUCUGCUGAUCAUUCUAUCGUUGCAACUGAUCUAGAGACCGGGAGCCUUAUUGCUCGCUUGGAGAAUGCCCAUGAGGAUGCUGUGAAUCGCUUGGUAAAUUUGACAGAAACAACUAUUUCCUCAGGAGAUGACAUGGGAUGCAUCAAGGUAUGGGAUACUCGGCAAAACACAUGCUGCAAUUCUUUUAAUGCUCAUGAAGAAUAUAUUACUGACAUGAUCUUUGUUCCUGGUAGCAUGCAACUGCUAGGAACAAGUGGAGAUGGCACUCUCUCUGUGUGUAACCUUCGGAAAAAUAAGGUUCAAUCCCGGUCUGACUGCUAUGACUGUGACCUGCUAUCUGUUGUGCUGAUGAAGAAUGGUAAAAAAGUUCUCUGUGGAGCGCAAAAUGGGGAUGUUUUGCUAUAUUCUUGGGGUCAUUUUGAAGACUGCAGUGAUAGGUUCCUUGGGCACCCAAACUCUGUGCAGACAUUGCUGAAGCUUGAUGAAGAUACCUUAAUUUCUGGAUGUGAAGAUGGGGUCAUCAGAUUGCUUGGUGUCUUACCGAACCGAAUCAUUCAACCAAUUGCGGAGCAUUCAGAUUUUGCAAUUGAAGGACUUGCUUUUUCACAUGAUAGGAAGUUUCUUGGUAGUAUUUCUCAUGAUCAAAUGCUGAAGCUCUGGGACCUACCAUGUUUACUGGAAAAUUGGCAAAAGGAUCCAAGCACGUCCAGGACUUCUGUCGAUUCAGAUGAUAUGGAGGUGGACACUGAGACUCUUAAAGCUCCAAAAGUGUCUAAGAAGAAGAAGAAAAAAGCCAACAAGGGUGGCCUGCAGAACUCUUCAGCAUCAGACUUUUUUGCAGAUUUGUAGUUGGAGGUCUUCCUUUUUAAUUUAUGGUCUUCCUUUUUAAUUUAUUCUUUUUGAUUUUACCGUUUCUUUUACACCCUCCCCUUCCUCCAGUUUCGGUAAUAAUGUGAUAUGUCCGUCCCUCUCCGUCGGACUUUAUAGUAAAAAUCUAGAUGAUUAGCAUGUUUAAGAUGUCCGAGGUUACUAUUGUUAUCCUUUUUGCUGAGUACAGGUUUUUUUUCUUGGCACGGUUGCCUGUAUACUGUAUCGGUAUGUAAAAUUUUUUGGUGAUUUCUUUCUUCCGUGGUCAUACACGCUUAGAGUUAUAUUUUUUUUGAGAGGCUCGAGAAUUAAAGAUACUGUAUUUGAAAUCUGGUUGUGAAGAGCAGUUGCAUGAUAAGAAAAUCAUAAUGAGAGCAUUAAUUUUUCUUUCUC